CUCGCUCCCAGCCCACGACCACGACGACGCCCAUCACACACUCGUCUUACGCCCACCAGUCUCCACCACGGUAGAUAAAUCGGCCAACAGCCCACACCGCCGGCCCCCCAAUCUCGACCAUGGCUUCGAAAAAAGAUAUGCGCCGCGCCGACCUCAUCGUGCCCUAUGCCGAGCCCGAGAAGAGCAAAGAUGAAGGCGACAUGUCGAGCACGCUGUCGAGCACGCUGCCCAUGGCUGCUAUCUUCACGCGCAACAAGAUGAUCGGCUGGGUUGCCGUAGUCUUUGCUAUCCAGGCUUGGCUGGCUGAGACGGCCGAACAGAGGAAGACGUCGACUACGCCUGCUUACUUCCAGGUCGGCAUGUCUAUCAUGUCACUCCUCGUCACAUACUCGUCCAUGUUCCUCCCCCCGCCGCCUGCUCGUCCCGGCCAGGCGUCAGGCACCGAGGCCUUUGCUGCUGUGCCCCCUUCGUAGGUGGCAGUACGAGGAUAGAUUGUCUGUAGCCGGUGCCAAGGUAGCAGCUGUACUAUGCAAACUGUAUAAUCCAAUCUUGGCCGCGAGCAUGCGACGAUACCUGUCGGCUGGCGGCCAACGACCAAUGUCUUGCACCAUCGACGGUUCGUGUGUUGCCGCGUCGCCCCGUGUCACUCGCACCCUUGCCUACUCGCAUGCAUUCGUUCGCAUUCCAUAAUACGGCAACCAGCACCGUCUAUCCAUUUGCAUCCAUGCAUCCUACACCUGCCCUGUCCUGC